AUGAAUAAUAUGUCGUCUUAUUCAACACGCAAAGAAUGUGCAAAAGGGACUGAUUGUAAACAAGCUGGUAUCGCUCAUUGUGAAGGAUGUACACAAGCAUUUUGUAUUAAACAUUUUAAUGAUCAUCGUCGUUUACUAGAUGAUGAUUUGAACGUUAUCUUGAGCGAAUAUAAUGAUUUCAGGAAUACACUCGCUCUAGAAUCUAGUAACCCUUUUGUAACAAUACGUCUUCAGGAAAUUGAUGUAUGGGAAAAUGUAUCAAUUGAGAAAAUUCAACAAAAAGCAGCAGAAUUACGACAAGAAAUAGUUCAUGUCAAAGUGACUCAGAUUGAAACUUUAUCAAGUAAAUUUCAAACUUUAGCACAUCAAAUACAAGAAAGCAAAGAGCAAGAUGAUUUCAUUGAAACAGAUCUGCAUCGUUGGGCAAGAAGACUUGAUGAUUUAAGAUCGAAUCUUAUUUCACCAACAACGAUUGCUCUCAAUCAACAUCAUCAUAAUCCAUUGAUACCAAAUAUAUCGGUUAGUUUUUUAUGGACAGGAAAUGAAUUAUUUGAUCGUGUUCUCAGCAAUGAUGUACAAAUAGAACAAGAUGGAGAAGUUGUCGAAGGUGUAAGUUUUUUUAUGAUGUACAAUGAAAUACGUGGAAAAAAUAAUUAUGCAUUUGGUUGUCAUAAAGUUCGUGUACAGAUUGAACAUUCAUCAAAACAAUGGACAUUUUUAGGAAUCAAUUCAGCAUUAACUCCCUUACAAAAAUCAUCACAUGAAACUAAAUCUGCUUAUGGUUGGUGUAGCAGUGAUUAUAUCUAUUCAAAUGGUUUAUCUCAAGCGAAUAAAACAAAAUCACCUAUUGAAAUGAAUACAGAUGAUAUAAUUACUUUAAUUUUUGAUUGUGACAAUCGUCAAAUCUCGAUGAUUAAUGAACGCACUGAUGUCAAACAUGAAUUAAUGGUAGAUACAAAUAAUUGUCCAUUUCCAUGGCAGUUUCAUGUUGUGCUUCGUAAUCGUUGUACUCGCAUUCGUAUAUUAGCAACAUAG